AUGCCAUCCGUCACUCUCUUGUAUCCCACUUUUAUAUUAGUUCAAGUGUCCUGUUGUGCUCUCUCUUUCAGCCGCAGAUACUGCUCCAUCGGACCACUGGAGCCUGGGCUUAUGGAUCAAUCUCGAUUCCUGCCGACGAGGCAACAGUCGCCGUGGAGUGAGGAUGGCGCAUUGCACGAACCGCAUUCACACUUGCCUGGACGCUUCGGAGUCGGUCAACUGUACGCGCUGAGUGCCGAUGGUCGGAGUCUUUUUGUCGCAGGUCGGUGGGAUCGUCGACUGGCCAUUUACAGUCUGGAACAUGGCGGCGGUCGUCUUGACGCCCUGCUCAUCGGCCCGCAUCAGGACGUCAUCUCCUGCCUCGCCGUGGAUACUGUUUGUCUCGACCAGGCCGGUGUGAAUGCCCACGCGGCUCCAUUUCCCACGACAACGCGUACUUUUGCUGCCAAUCUGGUCGGUGCUGCCUCGCCCACUUCGGGCCUCCAGCCCCCCAGCAACAGUGCCGGUGGCGGUGCUGGUGGUGCUGGUGGUGCUGGCGGCAUUGCUGGUGGUGUUGGUGCUGGUGGUGCUGGCGGUGGUGGUGCUGGUGGUGCUGGUGCUGGCGGCGGUGGCAGCGGAGAUGGUGGCGGGUGGUACCGGUCGGCAGGCGGCUCCCCGACGGCUGGCGCGGGGGCGCUGUGUUUGUCUACGACGGAUUGCAGACCGGCGGGACUGGCGGUCUCUCCAACGCGCUAUCUCAUCACAGGCAGCCGCGAUGGUACAGCUGCCGUGUGGGAUUUCGGUUUGGUCGACGACGACGAUCCUGAAGAUCUCGAGGCCACAGAGGCGUCUGCUCAAGAGGCAGCUGUUGCUAUGGCGCGUGGGAUGCAGAAGGCCGUGGCCACUCGAAGCCCCGAGGGUGACAACGCAACUGGGAGCGUCAAGACUGUUGCCGGGGCACAGUUCAGCCCGACAAAGAUGCGACGUGCCAAAGGCAGAGGACUGUUGUCCAAGGCGUCGGCGGACUUGGAGACGGAGGAGGCGAGUGGAUCGCUGUCCAGCAGCGCCAGUAGUUAUGACAGCGAGGCAGCGGAGAGCAGAAUGUUGAGCAGACGUGGAGAAGAGGGGGAGGGGGAGGGGGAGGAGGAGGAUGACGAAGAGGAGGAUGACGAAGAGUUGUUGAUUGUGGAGGAGGAGGAAGAGGUGUUAAUGGGAAUCGAAGUGUCCGAAGUUGAGUUGGAUUUGGAGUUGGGGGAAGAGGAGGAGGAGGAGGAAGAAGAAGAGGAGGAGGAAGAAGAAGACGAGGAAGAGGAGGAGGAGGGUGAGGAGGAGGAGGAAGAUGAGGAAGGGGAGGAGGAGGAGGAAAAGGAUGCUGGGGAGGAGGAAGUGGAGGAGUUGGCGCCUCGAGGUCGUCCCAGACACAUGGCGCGUCUGGUUCGUCUCUUCUACGCCCAUGCCAGAGGUGAUCCCGUCACCGCGGUGGCUCUAUCGAUGCCACUCGAUUUGGCCAUUGUUGCCACGGCGCCGGCGCCGGCGCCUUCGUCCCAUUCCACAUUCAGCCUCGACGCAGGUCAAGAGAUGUUGCUACCUUUCGGUUGUCAAGCUGUGCAUCUCUACGCUGUUCGACGUGGUCAUUGGUGUCGAGUCAUUUGGCUCGAUCGGUUGUCGUCACCCAGUCGGUUUUGGCCGAAUUCCUCAUCACAACCGUUCGGCUCGGUCCAACUGGCCCUAUCCGAUCAGGCCAAAUGUACCGGUGUUGUGCAUCAUCUUUUGGUUGCCCCAGAGACCGGUGAUGUCUACGUUCAAUGGUGGCGAAUCGAUCGUUUUGCUGUGGCAUCCUCUUCUCAUCCACACUCCGCCCGUUGCUAUGGUGCUGCGUGGAUCAGUCUGUUCACGGUUAACGCCGAUGAGGUGGCCAGUUCGGCUCUGCUCGAGGCGACUGACUCCGACUGGCGACGGUACAGACGGCCCAUUCUCGUCUCCAGGCUGCUGCUCACCUCGGCCUCGUGUCUUCCCGUCCACAUGCCGACCGAGGCCAAGGAGUCUCGGUUUCUCGGUCCCGGCCGCCUGGAGACUGUCACAACUCAGCGUCUCCUUCUGGCCGGCACCAACAUGGGUCAUCUUCUCCUCCUCGACGCCGUCUGCUUGACUCGACUUCGUCUCGUCUACCUGCCGAGUCCGGUGCUCGAUUUGGCUUUGGCCUCCGGCGCCAGUGGUCCGGCCGACUCGUGGCGCUGUGUCGACGGACUGCAAGUCUUCGUCACUCUGGCCAGCGGGCAGGUUUAUGUGUUGCUCACGACCACUGGAAUGGUCGUCAAUUUGGAGCGUCGACGCGACAUCGCGACACUUGGACUGGCCAAAGUUUAG